AUGCUCUUUAUCUCCAGUUUUCACUUUGUGAAUAAUUUUAAUAUUAUUUUUAUUUAUUUUGUUAAUUUUCCAGGAUUUUCUUUAGUUUCGGCACAAGUACCGAGAAAUGAUGACACGAAUUUUCCAACUGGAUUACGUCUGCUAAACGAUUUCACCUACGAUUUAAAUGACGACACACGAGACUACGAAAUAUUUCACCUUCCGCAUUUAAAUUCAAAGUCUAAUUCAGAACUUCCGCUUGAUUUGAACGUUUUCGGAAACGUCGUCAAGUUGAAACUUCAUCCGAAUAGAAAUCUUUUAAGUCCAAAUUUCAAAGCUCAUGUGAAAGAUGAAAUUUACGGAGAUAGAGAACUUAAUUUUACCGAAACUCACUGUCAUUAUUUACAUCGGGGAGAUGACAUGAUGGCGGCCAUAAGUUUCUGUCAGGAGAGACAAGCGCAAGGUAUUCUUUUCCUACCCAACGACACUUUCGAAAUUCGUCCCAUCCUACCAAACAAACUCGAAAGAAAACACGUUCCUCACAUGUUGAGAAGGAUACCGUUUUUACCGAGAGAAUUUGGCGACGACGUUUCGAAUGUUAUUCUACCAUUUUCAAGUAAUCAGGUUUGUUAG